UGCGCGCGCCGCUCCAUGUGAAGGCUGGUCGGUCGGCGGCCGGCGCCGGGGCUCCUUCCUGCCGGCUCCCGAACAGCGGCCAGAGAGCCGCGAGCGCAGCCCCCGCCCCGACUUCCCGAAGCCCCGCACCCGCCGCCGGGAAACCAGUGACUGGCCUGGAAACGGUCUCUCCGGCUGAGGCGAUGGCUCUUCAAGACUUGACAGAAGACAUCUCUGCUAUGACAGAUGAUGUGUACAGGACAAGAAGCCAAAAGCGAGCAUUGGAGCGAGAGGGCUCAAACAGUGACAUGGAGAGUAAGAAACCAAAAAUGGAAUGUUCUCCCAAGGGGACUGAAGUUGAAGUUGACAGCGACCUGGAAGAGGUGAAGAAAGAGGUUAAAAUUAAAACUGAGCCGGCCGACCGAGGCGGCGGGAGGACUUCUGUUUUACUAAAGGGAUCAGGAGAAGUCAAAGCAACUAUCAAAGUGGAAGUGCAAGCGGGGGAUGAACCAGUGGACAUGAGCACGUCGAAGAGUGAUGUAAAGAAGGAAAAGCGACCCCCGUCCCCGGAUAUUAUCGUCCUGUCCGAUAAUGAACCCUCGAGCCCCAGGAUGAAUGGACUUACAAAAGUGCCUGGAAAGGAUUGCAACGCAGAUAUUAUGAUGAAGAGCACCCCUGAGGAGCGUGAGAGGAUGAUCAAACGGUUAAAGGAAGAACUUCGGCUAGAAGAAGCCAAACUUGUUCUGCUCAAGAAGCUGAGGCAGAGCCAAAUCCAGAAGGAAGCAAUUGUACCCAAGCCUGCUGUCUCUUCAGGCACCACCAGCACAGCUACCCCUCCCUUACUGAUCCGGGGAAAGCAGUAUGUUCUCACUGGCAAGCCCGGCCUCCAGGUCCUCACUGCACGUACGUCAGGCACCGUAAUCCCACCACCGUUAGUGCGCGGCGGGCAACAGAUGGCUUCCAAAAUGGGAUCCCAACAGAACCCACAGAUAGUGAUGCCACCGUUGGUCAGGGGUGCACAGCAAAUCCACAACAUCAGGACGCACACCAGCACCGCCCCUCCGCCCCUGCUGUUGGCUCCCAGAGCCUCCGUCCCCAACGCAGUCCAGCUCCAGGGACAGAGGAUCAUCCCGCACGGCCUGAUUCGUGUGGCUAACGUCCCAAAUACCAGCCUGCUUGUCAACGUCCCACAGGCUUCAAGCACGAUGAAAGGUUCAGGGGGGACGUCUCAGUCGAACGCCGGAGGUGGGGGGUUGACGAACUCCAAUGACUCUCCAGCCAGCCGCCAGGCCGCAGCUAAGCUGGCGCUCCGCAAGCAGUUGGAGAAGACCCUGCUGGAGAUUCCCCCGCCCAAGCCCCCUGCCCCCGAGCUGACCUUCCUCCCCAGCGCUGCCAACAACGAGUUCAUCUACUUGGUGGGGCUGGAGGAGGUGGUGCAGAACCUUCUGGAAACCCAAGGCAAGAGCUCAGCACAGGUUGUGCCCCUGGAACCAAAUGUCUGCACUCAGUGUAAGACGGACUUCACGUGCCGCUGGAGACAGGAGAAAACUGGGACCAUCAUGUGUGAACAGUGCGUAACGUCCAACAAAAAGAAAGCUUUGAAAGCCGAGCACACCAAUCGUCUGAAAGCUGCGUUUGUAAAGGCCCUUCAGCAGGAACAGGAGAUUGAGCAGCGGAUAUUGCAACAGACUGCCUCCCCCCUACAGAGCAAGCAAGAGUCAGUGCAGCACCACUCAAUGAAGCAGAGUUCCAGUCAGAUGUCACGGGGGAUGCAAUCCACCAGCUCUCGAGCAGUGCUGCACACGUUCAGUCAGUCGUCCCAGCUACAGAACUCGGUGUCGGGGCUCGGCGGGCGGCCAGCCAAGCACACCGAGCGGGCCAGCAAGGGCGGCAACACCAACUGGAGGAAGCAGAUCGCUAGCCCCGCAGGUAGAUGGGUGACAAUGGCGUACGUCAGCCCCAGCCUGUCCGUGCAUAAGUCAUCCUCGGCGGUCGACCGUCAACGCGAAUACCUCUUGGACAUGAUCCCCUCCCGAUCCAUCAGCCAGUCGGCCAGCACGUGGAAAUAAACCAGCACUCGGAGAGGCAGCCACCACUGACCCAUCAUCCUAAGUUCUCCUUUCUGCCAUCACGCAAUUUCCCCCUUCCCCCCCAAAAAAAAUAAAACAAGUGGGACCCACGUCGACCCAGCAAGCCAGAACCUUCCCCGGUUGCUAUCAGAUGAAAAUGUAUAUUUUUUCUUUUUUUUUGCCUUCAAAUACACGUCCCCUACAAGUGGGGAAACGCAACGUGCAACCAUUUUAGAAUUGGGUCUUCGUUUCGAUGGAUUACAAUGAGAACUCCGAGGAGGAUGAACUCGUUCGCUCCUUCUUCCACUAUGCAUCUUUGCGUGUGGGUGUGUACGUGUCCGGGCUUCACUGUAUAAGGGAUGUCGUGGCACUGUGAUGUGUACGUUAAGAGGGCUCCACCUUUCUCUUUCCCCUUCUCCCCCCCCCCCCCCCCGCCUUAAGUCUCCAUCAUUAUGCUAAUUGUACUCGCAAUAUCCUCAGUAGGGGAACAGGAGUUAAGGAGGCGUGAAGGAAGACGUUUACUCGGGACAAUUGAGCUUCCAGUUCCCUGGAGCAAAGACUAGCUUUAAACUGCAGAUUCAUCGAGCGACUUUCUGUGCUGUGCAGAUCUCCACACCCACGACCUCCCUCUCUCUUUCCUCUUCCACCACCAACCCCACCAUCAUUCCCGCAGUCAUUUAUUUGUGAUUCCCACACCACUAGAGCACACUUGGCUAAUCACUGCAUCCACUCGAAAGUAACCUCAAUCUAAAUGGUUUGAAUAUUUUAUGUAGGACUCCUUUUUUUUUCUGGGGGGGGGGAAGGAGAAAGACUUGAUUUAGUUCAAUAUAACAGGACAUUUUUCUGAUGCUUCAAUGGAGGGGGGGGUUUGGCCAGAAGUAUUCAAAACGAUUUCUUUCUCUUCUCACCCCUGCUCCCGUUCAGAAGAAAUCACUUGCUGGGUGAUUGAGCAGUAUCUGCCUUGUAAGAACAGACCCAUGUCAGAAGGCUUCAGUUGAGAGGAGCCACUUAGGGUUGGGUUUUAUUGGGGGCGGGGUAGUGAAAGCUCCCAGGUAUGAGCUCUGUUGGACCCCUGCCCCCCCACCUCUUUUCCGAAGCUGAAGUAGCUGCUUGUUUGUCAGUGCUGCGCCAGUGAGGUUUUUGUGAACGAGAUGAUUGAGCGUUUUUGUUUUUCCUUUGUGAAGAGAUGCUCCUGUUUAAAGCCUCUUCCGAUUUGAGCAGUCGGGCAAUAUCACAUUACUGUCUCUGAUCCUGUCUCGUCUGGUCCUGACUCCCGCGGCUUUUAAAGCUUGCAUUGGGUUUCUGAAUUCUCUCUCUCUCGAGACCAACAUGGGAGUGUGGGGGUGGUUGGGGGGGGCUGGGGGGGGGAGAUGUUCAUUUGCUACUUAUAUACUGAGCCUUACCAGAUUGGGAUACUUCGGUGUUCCAGCCUGGCUGACUUGACCUUUAUUGAUCAGUUUAACUAUAAAGUCAGGAGCAGAGGAGGCCAACUUGGGAUCCACUGUGACUAUUCUACGCAUGCGUAAUGAGGCUUACGGCCCGCAAGUUGGCCACCCCUGAUCUAAAGCACCUGUCCACGAAGGGUGGAUAUCUAAUAAUGUAAACUAGGAAUCAGCAGGGGGUUGUCAGGGAAAAGUAUUCAAAGCGAUACAGAUGUCCUUUGAGGUGUGAGAUUAUUUCCCACGGGGAGCAGAGCGAUGGUUGUGUAGUGUGAGGCGAGUGCAGUAGAGGAGUCAUCACAGAUACAAAAGCAUCGAGACAGAGAUGAGCAGAACCAGUCUAUUGAAGUUGCUAGAUCCUGGAAGUAUUUGGUGUUUUUUAACUUCAUUUUUUUUCCC